AAAGAAAUCUUUUGCAGUGUUAGCCAAGCCGCAUCAUGACAACCUUCUCCUGCCUCAAGUGCGUUGUGCAAAUAUUGGUCGUGUUAUGCUUUUUAAAUGCUUUCGGCUCUGCAUUGAAACCAGGUGACGAAUGCAGACUUAGAAACGCCGCUGUUGGACUAUGUAAGUACCUCACGGACUGUGCACCUGCCUUGCAAACAAUCAAAGACGGUGGUUUCCCCGAAGAGGUAUGCGACUCUUCGAGUACGCAGUUUAUAAUUUGUUGCGAAGAUGUUAGCCCCGUAACCCCUAAAGUUGUACAACCUCGAAUAGAAAUAGCGACUCCAAAUAUCGCCACCAAAGUUACAACCACUAACAGAAAUGCAGGAGAAAUAAGCAAGAAGAAAUGUAAGGAGUAUGCUAAAUACGUUUGGGACAGGAGCCAGUCGCCAACCUUAGGCAGGCUCAAUCACACAUCGAAUACCUUCGAAUGUCCUUUCGAAAAAAUACCCCUGAUUGUUGGUGGUAAACUGGCUUCAAGGCGGGAAUUUCCUCAUAUGGCUUUAAUUGGUUACACCCUAGGUGAUGAGGUACAAUGGAGUUGUGGUGGGACAUUAAUAAGUGAAAAUUACGUACUAACAGCUAGCCAUUGCUUGAGACAUAGACAGUUGGGAUUAGCUAAGCUGGUUAGGGUCGGUAUGACCAAUCAGUCAGACACCUAUUACCUUCAAGAACGUACUGUAACUGAAGUAAGGUAUCACCCUGACUACAAUUCAGGGGCCAAAUACAACGACAUAGCGUUGCUAAAAUUAUCGAAAAACGUCGACCCAAAUACUUAUGCGAGACCUGCCUGUCUCCAUACAACAAAAGAGAUUGCCUAUGGAAAAGCCAUCGCUACAGGUUGGGGUAACAUAGGAUUUGCCGUUCAAGGGGGUAGUAACGACCUGCUGAAAGUGGUACUGGAAUUUUUUGACAACCCGUCAUGCAAUGAGUCGUAUAAGAGGAAGAUAAACAAAAAGAAUACUGAGAUCAAAGACGGGAUAUCUGACGAUUUGAUGAUUUGUGCUGGGUCACAUAGCGAAAUCAAAGACACCUGUGAGGGUGAUUCAGGCGGUCCUCUGCAAGUAUACUACAAUGACAAUGAGGUGAAGUGCAUGUAUAGCGUCGUCGGUGUUACAUCUUUCGGAAAAGCUUGCGGAUUGGCAAAGAACACCCCAGGCGUUUACACCAGGGUGUCCUCGUACAUAAAAUGGAUAGAAGACGUCGUAUGGCCAGAAGAACAAUGAUACAUCUAUUAUUAAUGAAUUGAGCAAUACCAGUGAUAAAUAAAACAAUAAUGUAAAAUAACAGACUAACUCUGUUGUUAUGUUGAAUAAACGAAUUAUAAAAUUGUUUUAAAGUUAA